AUGCUUCCCUUCUUUCUACUUUGUCUCCUUUUCGCCACCUCACACGCGACACCUGGAAUCUCUCUCCUCUCCAACACUCUCCUCGACUCUUCCGGGAUCUACUUCGUCUCCUACGAUGGUCUAGUGAACGUCAACUCGUUCCAGCUUUCAGGGCUGCUCACAUACGAGGGAUACCAGUAUGCCGGUUGGUACACCUCUAACAAAUCUGUCAUACUUGGACGGCGAACCACGUCUGGCGGGAGCUGGCAAACUCUGACGCUUCCACAUACCCUCAGCACCAGUGAUAGCCACAACGUCGUUGCACUGGGUAUAUCCCCUGCAGACGGGGCGAUCCACGUUGCUAUGGAUUGUCACAGCACCGCAGUGUACUACACGAAAUCCUCUUCGGGCGUUGCGGGUUCGAGCGUGAGCUGGACAGCGAGUCUGUUCGGCACCAUCACCAACACGAUAGGGAGUCUAAAUGUGGGCAGCACGGUUACUUACCCGCAGUUUAUCAUCACCCCGGAUAAUCUGCUUCAGUUCGUCUAUCGAUCUGGGGUUUCGGGUAAUGGGAACACGCAGCUCGCAGAGUAUGCGAAUGGAACCUGGACAAACGUUGGACUAUGGGCAAGUGGUUCGGGGACGUAUACGGCAGAUAACGGCGGGACAAGCAGUGCAAGGAACCUAUAUAUCCAUGGGGUGACGUAUAAAGGGAGUCGCCUCUAUAUCGCCGGGACGUGGAGGGAGAAUAGUGGAAGUGUUUCAUGCAGCAGCGGAGGGUUGACGAACCACGACACGACGUUCUUUUAUUCUGAUGACAAGGGCAGAACCUGGUUCAAUGCUGCGAGGACCCAGGUCGGUACAUCUGGGAGUUCACCGGUGAACGUGAGCUCUAGCGGGAUCGUCAUCGAUUCGUUAGACGCCAAUCAUGGUUUGAUGAACCAAGAAUCACAGGACGUCGAUUCUCAAGGGUUGAUACAUGUCAUUAUAUCUUAUGUUCCAGGUCGCUUCACCCAAUGCGUUACAGACUACGAAACCGACCGUAUAGCCCACGGCUACCCAUUCCACAUCUACCAAGCCGCAAACGGCACAUUCAUAAAAAAUGAGAUACCCUUCUCCUUGGACGCAGUUGGACGUUCCCAAAUUGCUAUCGACGCCUCGGAUAACGUGUACGUGGUGCUACCGUACGUGCGUGUCGUGUCGGCGAGCAAGGCUAGCGGCUGGACAGAUUGGGCAAUGGUGUAUAAUGGGUCGGCACAGGGUCUGGACGCGUUUGGUGAGGUGACAAUUGAUAGAGGGGCGUUGGUGAGUAGUGGGAGGGGGACGUUGGCGGUUCUAUACCAGGAAUCGAGUUCUGGGACUACGCCUUCGCCGGUUAGGGUUGUUCAGUUUGAGAUGGAUGGGUAG